AUGCGGUUCGAAAUUGCAUCUGUGGCGGCGAUCGCUGCUGUGUGCGCGCCACUGGUCAACGCUGCUCCGCCAGCCGAAGCUGGUACUGUUGUGAAACCGCGCGCUCCCAAGCCCAGCCACAGCAGCUAUAGCUUCUCUUCCAUGACUUCAACACGUUAUGCGACUCCUCUACCAACAUCGUCGCCACCGACGACGUACAUGCCUGCAGCCUCCAUGAAGGCUAUCAUGCCGUCGGGAGUUAAGACUACCACGUGGAACAAGAAUGAAGCAAGUGCCUCAGACUGGGACAAUCCUUAUGGCCAGGCCGAAUGGAACCGUCGUUGGGCUACGUUCAUGCCGAAUGUUUCUAUCUCCACUUUCAGCAUAAGUACCACCGUUCAGCCAACCCCGGUGCCGUCUUCCUCUCUCGUCAUGCCACCGCCAGCUGGAUUCAGUUAUAGUGACGCAGCCAAUGCAAAGGAUUAUACCUUUCCCAAGGACUUUAUUGUUGGCGUGGCUUCAUCAGCUGGUCAGAUCGAGGGUGCUAUCCAGGAUGAAGGUCGCACGCCUAGUGUUCUGGAUUACUUCAACUUCAAUGCGGGUCAGGCGCCGGACUAUGUCACUGAUUGGAACUACUAUCUCUACAAGGAGGAUAUUGCGCGCAUUGCUGCGAUGGGGGUUCCCUACUACUCCUUCUCUAUCUCUUGGACCCGGAUCCUUCCGUUUGCUGGUGUUGGCACCCCUGUCAACAAGGAGGGUAUUGAUCACUACAACGACCUAAUCAACACCUGCCUCGAAUAUGGUGUGAGGCCCAUGGUCACUAUCGUGCAUGCUGACGAGCCGUACGAGUUCGUGAUGGAAGGUGGAAAUGUGACGAGAUCUUAUCUCUCCACUAAUUCUGGGGCUGCCAAUGGCACGUUUGUCGACUCCUUUGUCUACUACUCCAGUAUCUUGUUCGCCGAGUUCGGCGAUCGCGUGCCCAUCUGGAUCACCAUCAACGAGCCCUACUAUGAAUCUGGCAAUCUGCAGGGAAUGUACAAUUUCCUGGAGGCGCACACUCAAGUCUACGAUUUGUACAAGUCGAUGGGCGGCAAGGGAAUGAUAUCUUACAAGAAUGCCGACAACUUCGGUGUUCCACUGGAUCCAAACAGUCAAGAAGACAUUGCUGCUACCAACAGGUAUCAGGACUACCUUCUGGGUAUCAUGUCCAACCCGACCUGGUUGGGCAAGGACGUUCCCGAGAGCGUGACAUCGACCUGCACCAACGAGUCUCGCCCACUUUCUCCCGAGACUCUGGCUCGAUACAAGGGUAAAUCCGACUUCUACGCCGUUGACCCUUACACGGCAACCUUUGUUUUCCCACCAGAUGGUGGCGUCGAAGCCUGCGCCAAGGACCCAAACCAUUCCCUGUGGCCGAACUGUGUAAACACCACAUCAAUCAGCUCCAACGGAUGGGAAAUUGGCUUCUACUCCAAUUCCUACCCGUAUCUGACCCCGAAGUACUUCCGUGCUUUCAUGAACUAUAUUUGGGACACAUACCAGCCGAAAGCCAUCAUGGUGAGCGAAUUCGGGUUCCCAGUAUUCGCCGAAGCCGAGGCAGAUCUGGCGUCGCAGCUGAAUGAUCUCCCCCGGUCCUUGUACUAUGAAGCAUUCCUCACGGAGAUCCUGAACUGUAUCCAUGAGGACGGUAUUAAGAUCAUCGGUGCGGUUGGAUGGAGUAUGCUUGAUAACUGGGAGUUUGGCUCGUUUGAUCAGCACUUUGGCAUGCAGGUUGUCAAUCAGACUACCCAGGAGCGGUACUUCAAACGCUCCUUCUUCGACUUUAUUGACUUCUUCCACUCGCAUGGACUCUAA